UAUUUAUUUAUUUAUUUAUUAUAUUUUAUUGUUCUUCAAGGGUUGUGAGCAUGACAAAGAGGAAGUCCUGAUGCAGUACAGAUUACAGUCUCACUGGACGCUCACUGUCUGAGAAACAUGCUGCACAUACUUUUUAAAUGUCCACAGUUCUGUGCUUUGCUUUUUCUGUACAGUUUGUUCUUAUUUUGUUAAAGCAUUUUUUUACAUGACCUGCAUUUCUGUUUCUCUCUGUUCCAGUUCCAGCAGAAGACAAAGGAAGAGGAAGUCAGCAUCUCAUCACAUUCAUGAUUCACACACUGUCAUGAACCACCUGAAACACACUCUGAGAGCCUAAGGCCUGUGUAGAGCUGAGUCUACUAACAACAGAGAAGAUCACUGAAGAAGAGAGAAGAAUGAAGAUCAUCUGGACUUUCACUCUGUUGAUGAUUCCUGUAGGUGCCAUGACCUCCUUGAAUGUGACUGGACAUUCAGGCGGUGAAAUCAACAUCACAUGCACAUAUCAAGGCAAACAUGGAAAUGAGAAGUAUUUUUGUAAAGUACCGUGGUUAAUAACUUGCUCUGAUCUCAUCAAGACUGAAGUGAAAAAUAAAUGGGUUGAUUCUGGAAGAUUCUCUCUGUAUGACGACACAAGAGCAGCAGUUUUCACUGUGACCAUCAGAGAUCUGAGUGAAGAGGAUUCUGGGAUGUAUUACUGUGCAGUUGAUAAAUCUUGGGCUAGAGAUUCCUACACUGAAGUGAAUCUGAACGUUAUUACAGCACCCAAAACUCCACCCUCAGUAUCAUCACCAUCAUCAUCAGUCCCAACUCCACCCAUUUCACUAAUUUCCCAGCCGUCGACAUCUGAUUUCACAUGGGAUUCUCCGUCUGUCUCAAAUGGUUUGUCUCUGAUCAUCGUUGUGUCUGUGGUUGUUCCUCUGCUCAUCGCUGGACUCGUUUCAUGUAUACUGACUGUCUUCAUGAAGCGUCAGGCUCGAGCUAAAGGCUCCGAGUCAGCCUCUAAAAUGCCUGAACCUGGAAUAGAAAACAAUGAUGCGGUUCCUCAAACUCAGUACAUUUACGAGGAGAUUAAAGACACCAGACCUCACACUGGCUGCAAAACUGCCCAGUUACCCACAAACCCCUCUGAUUCUACAAAAAAAGUUUAUGCUAUGCCUCAGUUACCCACAAACCCCUCUGAUUCUAUUACCACAGUUUAUUCUACUCCGCAAUUACCCACAAACCCCUCUGAUUCUAUUACCACAGUUUAUUCUACUCCGCAAUUACCCACAACCCCCUCUGAUUCUAUUACCACAGUUUAUUCUACUCCGCAAUUACCCACAAACCCCUCUGAUUCUAUUACCACAGUUUAUUCUACUCCGCAAUUACCCACAACCCCCUCUGAUUCUAUUACCACAGUUUAUUCUACUCCGCAAUUACCCACAACCCCCUCUGAUUCUAUUACCACAGUUUAUUCUACUCCGCAAUUACCCACAAACCCCUCUGAUUCUAUUACCACAGUUUAUUCUACUCCGCAAUUACCCACAACCCCCUCUGAUUCUAUUAACACAGUUUAUUCUACUCCGCAAUUACCCACAAACCCCUCUGAUUCUAUUACCACAGUUUAUUCUACUCCGCAAUUACCCACAACCCCCUCUGAUUCUAUUACCACAGUUUAUUCUACUCCGCAAUUACCCACAACCCCCUCUGAUUCUAUUACCACAGUUUAUUCUACUCCGCAAUUACCCACAAACCCCUCUGAUUCUAUUACCACAGUUUAUUCUACUCCGCAAUUACCCACAAACCCCUCUGUUGAGUGGCAUAAGCAGUGAAAGAAUCAGUUAACCACAAAUCUCGCUAUGUUUAUAGAACACUGUUUAUUCUACCGUUUAACAGUGCUGAAGAGCCAGGGAUUAUAAAACAAAAUGAAACAAUUCAAGUUAAUUUUGGGUUACUUUUGAUGAAAUUUACAUUUUAAAUGAAAAUGUAAUUUAAUAAUAUUUUGCAAAGCUAUGUUUUCAGUUACAUAUUAACAAGGCGAUAUUCAGGUAUAUUUAAUAAAAAAUAAGAGUAACACAAAAAAGCUUGUAUUGUUAGGUUUCUUUCGUCCCAACAGUCGCGGUCCAAAUUGACAAUGUACAACUUGUGUUCAAAGUGAAAUAAUAUUGAAGUCGUUUUACAUUUGUACAGAAUACCACUUGGUAUUGAUAGACCACACUUCUGAGUCAUGGACCACAGAAAAUUUUUUAUUUCUAUCUCUAUCUGAAUCAUUAUCUUUUCAAAUUAUGUUUUUCUAAAAAGUGGUACUUUCACCCCUGCUCUCCCCUAAAUGAUAAACUUUUGUGAACUAUUCCUUUAAUGUAUUAUUAUUAUUAAUUAUUAUUAUUAUUAUUAUUAUUAUUAUUAUUAUUAAAUUGUACUCUAAAUAAGAAACUACAUCUGCCAGCAGGUGUUGGUAAUUGUCUUUAUGAAUCAUUUAUUCAUUUGAUUCAAACGGCUGAUUCAUUCAGGAAUACAGUAAAUGGCUUUCUUUAUGAAUGGGUCUUUGAAUCAUUGAUUCAUACCCGAUUCAUUCAAAAUGUGGAUUCAUUCCAAAACUAAACACCACUGUGCUUUUCGGAGAUGCACAACAAUUCAUGUCCUCUGUGAAAUAGGUGGAGUUGUGACUGAUGAUGAUGAUGUUGAAUUACUCAACUGUUGUGUAAAAUCACAUUUGCACUCGUGAUAUUCUGGACAAACAGUACUUGUGUGAUAUUGCUCUCACUGCUCGUGUGAUUCACUUCAUUUCAUGAUAUAGACUAAAAAUGAGACAAAAACA